AUGAGGCAUCAAGGCACCAACCGCCGAGGACGAGAGAUCCCCUCCCCCAACCAGAGUCCGCCACCUAUACCGAGAACCUGCAAGCCACCGGACUUCACUCGAGGGAGAAAAGGACGGAAAACCCACCCACCAACCGUCUUGAGCCAAUCCGCCGAAUCCACCAAACACAGCCAGAGAAGAGAGAGAGACCGUCAUCAGGACAAGCCAGGCAGUCGCGGCGACCGCCGGCCCGGCCUCGCCGACGCCGGAGGAGGUGAAUUGAUCGAAAUUAAAGUGGCGCAAGCUAGGGUAAAAUUGGGGAAAGUUUAUCGCAGAGAGAGAGAGUUGGUAAAGUACUUCCAAUUAUAA